AAAAGAGAGAGAGAGGCCGAAAAGCAGGAGAGGGCAGAUGACUUGGUGGAUUUAGGAAACAACAACAAUCCAGAAUCAGACGAGCGUUGAAACCAAGAGACAAAGGGAAGAGGAGAGGAAGCAUUUUUCUUCUGCUCUGUUUUUUCCUCCUCAUCUUCAGGUCGCAGCAGAGGAGAGAGAGGAGCUGGAGAGAUAUUCUGUGUUAUGUCUGCUGAGGUGUGUGUUUGUGUGUCUGUGUGUCUCUGAGCGUUAGCCCGGAUCCUUGUUUCCAGGCCACGCUACAGAAAAAUCUCCUCAACUUCUCUGCUCCUCUGAUCUUCUUCUUAUUUGACGUGGUUGGAGUGCGGCAGCAUCUCCGUCCUGUUUCCCCUCUGUGCUGCCGGUGCGGCAGGAUGUGCCGAUGCUGUAAUGUCUGACUGAGCUGAGCCCGGUCGCUGCUGCUACCUCCGCCACCGCCGCCGCUCUGUGGGCCUCUGGGACUGCUGGAAAAGCCUAGGCCUCACUCGUCUGAAGCGCCCUGCUGCACGGCUGAGGCGACGGGCCGGCGAGCUCCCCGGCUGCGAGGCUGCGGGGAGCAGGAAGGUGGAGGAGGAAGUGGAGGAGGAUGAGAAGCCUGCACGCCCAUGGGGAGCAGCGUGCACGGCAGCUGCGUUCGUCACUCCAGACUCGUCGCUGAGGCUUCGAUUGCUUCUUCGUAACGUGACGCUCUUUGUGAUGUUCUGUUUUUAAAGCGAGGAGCUGUUACAUCCUGAGCUAAGAGGAGAGGGAGAGUGGAGGCCCUGCACCUCCAUGUUACCUGAGUCAGACGAGGCCUCCUCCCUCCUCGCUCCCUCUGAGUGAACCAGGUCCUUGUCUCUUUCUUUUUCUUGACGUUCUAAGGAUUUGCCUAAACCUGUUUCAUGCAUGUCCACUGGAGGCAGGUUUGACUUUGAUGAUGGGGGGUCGUACUGCGGGGGGUGGGAGCAGGGUAAGGCCCACGGCCGAGGGGUCUGCACGGGGCCCCAGGGUCAGGGCGAGUACGCGGGGGCCUGGAGCCACGGCUUCGAGGUCCUGGGCGUUUACACGUGGCCCAGUGGGAACAGCUACCAGGGCACCUGGGCGCAGGGCAAGCGGCAUGGCAUCGGCGUGGAGAGCAAGGGCCGCUGGGAGUACAGGGGGGAGUGGACGCAGGGGUUCAAGGGUCGCUACGGGCAGCUGGAGAGCACGGCCAGCGGGGCCCGGUACGAGGGGACAUGGAGCAACGGCCUGCAGGACGGAUACGGCACAGAAACCUACUCUGACGGAG